AUGUCACUGAGUCUGCCGUUCAGAGAGGAUGCGUUUACGGAGAUGGAGAGGAGACGGCGCAGUCUCCCCGCUAGAAUGCCUCCGAGGACCACGAGCGCCGCACAGUUGAGCUUACGAAGUCACAUUGUACAGGCUGCGAAAUCUCCCACCCAAGAACAAAAUGUGGGCAAAGAUACGCCGAAGCCGGGUGAUGCUGCGGGUGCAUCAGCGCCAGCUUCCGCAAAGGGCAAGCCUCGACUUUUGCUGAUGGGCCAGAGACGUUCUGGCAAAUCAUCCAUAUCCAGCGUUGUCUUCCACAAGCUGCCCCCGCACGAGACACUGUUUCUCGAGUCGACGGCACGCAUCCAGAAAGACUCCAUGGCGUCAUUCAUGGACUUUCAGGUGUGGGACUUUCCCGGCCAAAUUGACAUUCUCGAGAACCCCGACUUUGACAUGGAAGCCAUCUUUGGUCAGGUCGGCGCCCUCAUCUGGGUCAUUGACGCGCAAGACGACUACCUCGAGGCCGUCGGCCGUCUGAACGCCACCAUCCUCGCCCUCCAGGGCAACUACCCCUUUAUCAACAUCGAGGUCUUCAUUCACAAGGUCGAUGGGCUGAGCGACGACUACAAGCUCGACAUUCAGCGCGACAUCACCAUCCGCAUCCAGGACGAGCUCAGCGACCACGGGUGCGAGAACGCGCCCGUCACGUUCCACCUGACGAGCAUCUACAACCACUCCAUCUUCGAGGGCUUCAGCAAGGUCAUCCAGAAACUCAUCCCCCGGCUCGGCACGCUCGAGAGCAUGCUCACCAACUUGUGCCGGACGUGCCGCUUCGAAAAGGCCUACCUCUUUGACGUCCUCAGCAAGAUCUACAUUGCGACAGAUUCGUCCCCGGCCGACAUGGCCUCGUACGAGAUCUGCUCCGACUACAUUGACGUCAUCAUCGACAUCACCGAGGUCUACGGCACGUGGCAUCGCAGCGAGGAUGGCCGGAAGAAGCUCGAGGGCGCACCGUGGGGCGUCAAGCUCGAGGACCAGGUCGGCUGUGCCACGGCCGAGAGCUGUCUCGUCCUGCACGACAGCAGGAAGCCCAUCAUGCUACGCGAGGUGGAUCGCUAUCUGGCGCUCGUGGCGAUUAUGAAGGAGGACUCGUACGACAAGAUGCCCCUGGUUAAUAUGAAUGUGGAUGCCGUUGUCGAGGGCCUCACAGAUUUCUUCAACAUUACAAGGAGGAAGAGUUAG